AUGUACCUCUCCGCAUUUCCGCAUCUGUUAAGGGCCCCGGGCGAGGACUCGGGCCCAUGCUCGUCGCUCAUUAUCCAACCCUCAUAUCGCACUCGUUAUAUUGCCAACACCUUCAAGAAACCUGGAUCCAAGUCACUAACGCCGUCUACCUGCAACGCCAAUGGUGGAGGAGGGCAGGAUACGGGACAGUGCCUCGCCGUCCUUUACCCUGACCCAUUUUUCCUCUAUACCCAGUGCCAGUUAACUGUAGACGGUCAUGUUGACUGGGAUUUGAACCAAACCUUGGCCAAUUUAUCGACUUUCCUAGUCAACGACAUCAAGCUGUUAAGCAGUUCAAACACCCUCCCUCCAUGUGCUUCGCAGAAAGGAAACCUACCAUUUCCACCUUGGUUUUGGGCCUUCCUUCUGCUGAAGCUAUUUAUUAUCCAAUGCCUUGGAAACGAGUCACACCCUUCAUCAUCAACCUCCUUUAAUGCGAAGCAUACACUCUCUUUCGGCAACGACCAAGGUAGCAACAAAAAGCCACGUCAAGAUGAUAAUGACGACGACGAUGAUCCCUAUGACCCAGACGACUACGGCGACAACGGACGCGACCACGGUAACAAUGACGGCGAGACGCCCGAGGGGAAAGGUGCCGGGAAAGGCAAAGAGAAGGACGAACCCCUCUAUUGCUGCGCAUUCUAUAAAGUCGACCCAGUCAAAUACCGGAAAUGCGGGCAUCUCGAGAUCAGAUCGGUCGCCUACUUCUUACAACACAUCAUCCGCCAACAUUUACUAGACGAUAAACACUACCACUGCGAUAACUGCCGUUUCGGGUGGCCCAAGGAUGGCAGGAACUCGGACACACAGUGGGAAGCGCACACACGGGUUAGGACCUGUCAAAGGGUCACUCUGGAGGAGCUGGGCAAACUUCUACCUGAGGAACACCGUCGACUGAAGAGGAAAUUGAAGGAGAAACCGGCCGGCAGCGAAUUCGAACGGUGGUACAAGGUGUGGGAGCAGCUGUUCCCCGGACACAAGAGGCCCGACUCGCCAUAUCUCAGCAACGAGGCUGAAGAGAUAGAGGCUAGCAACGUCCGCAGAUUGGAUGGUAUUUUGGACGGGGACUUGUCUCAAAUGCCGCCAGGGCCGGAGCGGGAUCGGAUUGAAGCAUUUACCCGCCGCCUGAUUGAGCGCGCGUUUCCGGCACACGCCAGGCAGGGUUCCGCGAAUGCCGGUCCCUCUACGCCUCGCGCCCCGGAGCAUACCCCACAGACCAUAGGCCGACACAGAGCCUCGGUCACAACCCCGGCAUCCACACCCGCACCGAGACCCCUUCCAGCGGGGCCCGUUAUUGGCACCCGGACACCGGCCGGUCACCGGGCCCCACCUCACCGGCCAACGCCAAACACCUCCGAUCGGCAUCCCGGAUCGGCCAGAUUCCCUACAAACCCGGGGCUCACGAUGAAUCAUGGCGGACCUCCGGCAAACUACAUACCGAUGAACCCUACACUUUUGGGAAACCCUGCAUUCGCGAGGCAUCCCGGACUUACGAACGCCAGGCUUCCAGUAGAUCCCAGGCUGAUGGACACGAGGCUCCUGGAAAACCCUGCACUCACGAUGAACUCUGGAAUGAUGAACACAGCAGACCCUGGAUACCUGAGGAUCGCUGGACAGGCCGGCUUUGGACUGGUGGACUAUGGAACCCCGACUAAUCCUGGAAACUCGACGGGUACGAUAAAUCCUCGCCUCUUGACCAACUCUGGACCGGCCAACCCUGGACCCUCGGCCCCUCCCCCCUCGAAUCCCAUCAACAUCCAAUAUCCCAACAGGAAUGCCUUUCGAAGAAAUAACAACACAAACGCAUUCGACCACGCAGCCUUUGCAGUAAGCGUCGGUCGUGGGAUUGAGGCCUUCAACUCCUUAUCACAAGACCCCGAACAACCCUCCGACACGGAUGACUACCCUGAGACGGUUCAAAACCCGUGGCGGCGGGUACCAUAA